GGUUGCAGAGAAAGUUGAGGAAAAGAGAAUUUUGAACCUUGUGCUUCAUGUUGCUUUGAAUUUUUUAGUCAUCAAUGCAUUUUCUUUUCUUUUUCGCGCAUUUUCUUUGUAAAGAAAGGUGCUUUGCUUAGUUUUUAGUAUUUCUGAUCGCAACAUUGUACAGCGAGGGUUGUUGAUUUUUGCUUUCAGAUGUUCAAAAUUUCCGAUUUUUCGUUCAAGAAAAGCGUAUCUUAUUCUUCGCCUUUUUCCGUUUCUUUACCCUCUGUGGCGGAGAAAGUUGAGGAAAAGUGAAGGAAAAGAGAAUUAUGAACAUUGGGCUUCCUGUCGUUUUGAAUUGUUUCAGUCAUUGGCGGAUUUUCUUUUCUUUUCGCGCAUUCUCCUAGCAAACAAAGGGAUGCAGCACUUGAAUCAUUGACUUGUGGAAUUUUGAGUUUCUAUGUAGUGGUUUGAUCACAAAAAUGACUACGCUGUCCUUAAUAAGUAGAAACUGUGGAAGUCAAGGAGGAAACAGUGAUCGGGCCAUUGAAUCUGGAUUGGAAACACGUAUUCACAAAGACUUUUUUGCUGGUGGUUUGCUUAUAGGUUCAGUCAGGAGGCUAAAUGGAGUAUGGUUGAAGAAUUUGGGGAGCCCUAGGAUUGAAAGUAGGAACAGGUUUCACGUCGUUGCAAAAAUUCGAAAAGGGAAGAAGCAUGAUUACCCCUGGCCUGAUGAUAUUGAUCCAAAUCUCUCUAGUGGACACUUAAGUUACCUGUCUUACUUCAAGCCUCUGAAAGAGAAGCCUAAACCAGUGACACUUGCUUUUGAGAAACCACUGGUCGAUCUUGAGAAAAAGAUUGUUGAGGUGCGUAGAAUGGCUGAUGAAACUGGUCUGGAUUUUAGUGAUCAAAUUAGUUCUCUGGAAAGCAAGUAUCAGCAGGCUCUGAAGGAUUUAUAUGCACACUUGACACCCAUUCAACGCCUGACUAUUGCUCGACAUCCCAACAGACCGACAGUUCUUGAUCAUAUAUUAAAUAUCACGGACAAGGACAAGUGGGUGGAACUCCAUGGAGAUCGUGCAGGCUACGAUGAUCCAGCCAUCGUGACUGGUAUUGGGAGUAUAGAUGGUAAAAGCUUCAUGUUCAUAGGCCAUCAGAAAGGACGAAAUACAAAGGAGAACAUUGAACGCAACUUUGCAAUGCCAACUCCUCAUGGAUAUCGGAAAGCUCUGCGGAUGAUGAAAUACGCUGAUCAUCAUGGGUUUCCCAUUAUAACAUUUAUUGACACACCGGGGGCUUUUGCUGAUCUCAAAUCUGAGGAACUUGGUCAGGGGGAAGCAAUAGCCCAAAACCUCAGGACUAUGUUUAGCCUGAAGGUUCCAAUUAUAUCAGUUGUGACUGGUGAAGGUGGUUCAGGUGGAGCUCUUGCCAUUGGCUGUGCCAAUAAACUAUUUAUGCUAGAGAAUUCUGCCUUCUACGUUGCAAGUCCUGAGGCAUGUGCUGCAAUAUUGUGGAAGUCUGCCCAAGCAGCUCCUAAGGCGGCUGAAAAACUGAGGAUAACAGCACAAGAACAUUACAGGCUCAGAAUUGCAGAUGGUGUUAUUCCCGAACCUCUUGGUGGUGCACAUGCCGAUCCUGUCUGGACAUCUCAACAGAUCAAGCUUGCCAUCACCCAGGCCAUGGAGGAGUUGGGAAAGAUGGAUACAGAAGAGUUGAUCCGUCACCGAAUGCUCAAAUACCGGCCAAUUGGAGGUUUCCAAGAAGGCAUCCCAGUGGACCCAGAAAGGAAAAGAAACAUGAAGUUAUCUGACUUGAAUGCUGCAGAGGCUGGUGAUAUAGAGUCGGAGCUUGAGGAGCUAAAGAAGAAAAUUCUAGAGGCAGAGGGACCAUCUGAGCCAAUUACAAGUCAAACAAUUAAGAAACUUGAGGAAGAUGUAGAUCAGGAGAUUACUAAUGCAUUCAUCUCCAUGGGAUUGCAGGAGAAGCUUGAAUCACUUCAGUUGGAGUUAUCUAAAGCUCCUGAUGUCCCUAACAAUCAAACUCUCAACUGGGCAUUGAAGGAGAAGGUGGAUAGGAUAAUGCAAGAAUUUGAUCAUAAUUUGACACGGCCUGGUGCCUAUCUUGGGUUAAAGCAAAAGCUGGAAAUGCUAAACAUGGCGCACAGGCUCAUUGAGCACAAAGAAAAAGCCGAGAAACUAAAAGCAGAGAUUAAUCAGAAAGUUCCUGCAGAGGUAAAAGCAAAGAUGGAAGUUUUAAAGGAAGCACAGCAGAAGUUAUCAAAAGGAGAUCCAUUUGACAAGGAUUUAGUAGAGGAAGUAGAAAAGGCCAAAAAUGAGCUGAAAGAGGUUCUGAAGUCGGCCAACUUGGAGAUCAUCGGCAUGACCAAGAGAAAUGUUCCCCCUCCACCUCCAGAUUUGGCAGAAAACAUUGCGAAGGUGAAUGAGGAGAUUGGUAAGGAAAUUGAAAGAGCCAUAAAUGUAACUGGUCUUAAUGGGAAAAUUGAAGAGUUGAAAGCAGAGGUAGCAAAAGGGUCCAGUUCAGAAACAGUAGAAAAAUUGAAAGCAGAGAUCCAGGAGCAAAUCACUGCUGUUAUGGAUGUAACCACCUUAAAAGAGAAGUUUGAGAAUCUAAACGUUGACUUGGCCUCACAUGCAGGAACAGCUGAUAAUGGCAGGCUCUGAGAUUUAAAGCUUGCUUACGAGGCAGGGAGAGUAAUAAGGUACAAACCAUAUACAAUAUAGCCUUUGAACAACUGUAUGGUGAUCUGUGGUGUUUUAUCGUUUUUUUCCCAUUUGCGACCGGGUCCUGUAUUUUAAUACAUGCAUUUUUGGUAGUUUAUGUUUUUUUUUUUUUGCAUGAUGGGGUAAAUGAAAUGAGAUUUUGGUAUGCUGUAAGGUUGUAAUAAUGGAGGGAGUCUCAUGAAUUGAACUUUUUGAUUGAA